ACCCUCACCCCGUUGGAAAUCGAAAGUUUCAAGAGCAAGAAAGGCAAAGGGUACUGAAAGAAAUAGUUUUAUUUCUCGUUGUUGUAGUGCGGCAUUUACGUUAACUGUUUUAAGGAGCUCCUAGCCAUACUUCCUUACGAGGACGCGAGUCACGUAUAUUUGGGCUCUUCACGACCACUUCACUUCUACAAAAAAACCUAAACCUCAGACCUCGCCCCAACGAACGCACCGGUCUAGGAAAAAUGGCUCGUCUUAUCCAUGAGUCCUUGCUGCCGCAACGGACUAGAGGAGCGGUGCGAUCUCCACAUGGGCAGCACCUCUCGCCGCACAGUGCCUCACUUCAAUUCACAAGCGACGAUGAGGUGGGCAUGGCGAAGCAGAACCAGAAGAUGAAGCCUGCGCUGGACGCUUCUACUGCCCUCAACCAGGUAUAUUAGAAUUAGCUACCUCCUGCGUAUGUAAGUAUUUCGUUCACAUUUUUCAGUAUGACUUUGACUUUCACAUCACCCGUCGAGAGCCAGAUUGCGCAGACAGGAAGAGGCUGCGCAACCUCGCGAAAUGGACCCGAUGGGGGUGCCGCCAUCUGUGGCCGUAUUUUUACUUUUUCUCGCACGUUUUUUGCUACAAUUUUUGUUCCAGAUCCAGCGCAAGUAGAAAUGAGAAUGACGAUCGCCACUGGUGAUCAGCAUAGCAGAGAUUUAUCACAUAUGGAAAGAAAAUAUUACCUCGAUCUUCAGGUACCAGCAGGGCGAAGCAAGUCGACCUUGGAGCACACUGAGAUAAAGACACUCAAGCACUGCAGUGUUCUUGCCACGUCGUCGACCGGACCGUCACGCCCCAUGCCAGCGAAGGUCAAAAAGCAACUCAAAUUUCUUUCCUUGACGGCACCUGCGCUUUUCCUUUUCCUCGACCAGCUGCUUCUUGACGGGAAGAUUUGGGACGUUGAAGUUUCCGCGUUUCGCCUCUUGUCGAAGCAGACAGCCAAGAAGAGUCGCAAAGCGAAGAGAAUCGGCACGAAAGUCCUUCCAGAACGACACCCGCGGCCGAAGAAGAAAGAAGUCGAGAUGCUGCUGCAGGCUUCCCGUUGUUCUCUGUGGUCAACAACACAGCGGAUGUGGAACACGACGAACAAGACGAACUUGCUGAGACUUCUGACGAAACCGGAACUCAGAACAAGGUUGUUGCUGUUGCAACCAGCUUCGUGCGGCUGGACGCGGGUCGAGCCGGAUGAAGCGAGACGAUGGUGGGUCUGACGGUGGCCGAAGAUGAAGAAAUAACUCGCAUGCGGAACGACAUUGAAUCGUACGCGAAGGCAGUCUGUCAUUUGCUUGGUGAGUCGGAUGUGUGCGAGAACAAAGGGCUUCGGCCCAAGUACUUUCCUGAUCCGGACAGUACCCGUGAACCCUCGCACCACCUGUUCAAGAACUACUUCUCGCGUGGCCAAAUUUGCAGCUCUACCUUGGCCGGAGAUUGCGUCCCAAAGUGGUUGACCGCUGAUGACAUCACAAAAGGAGGCAGCACAUCCAAGCAGGUUUUGGAAUUACCAGAUUGAAAAAAAGGUUCCAGCCCAGGAAGUAGAAUACUACACGAGCGAAAGUACAGAAAUAAGAUGCGUGUUGUUUACCGCGAAGUGGUAAUGUUAUUAGUAGGUCAUGAUCAUGCAAUGAAAGAAACACCGAAGCAGGGCGAUGAAGGCAAACGAAACCGGGCCUUCAGGAGUACUUACGCUUGUUUCUGGAUCAUUGAUUCUACGUAAUGUGCAAUACAAAAACUACAUCACAUGCACCCCGCGAUGGCGAUUGAUAAUGAAACUAUGUUCUGAUGACUUUUCUUGGGCAGGAGCGCUUUUCAACAGGAUAGCCGAAGGCGACCGGUGACACCGUGACAGCCUUGUGGGAGAAGAUGCACGGCUGGUGCAGUCAGGGCACGGCAGGAGAAACAAAAACGGACGAUGAGAUUGUGCAAGCUGCCUGCCGUGAGAUUUGGGAAGAUGAAGCAGGAACAAGCGAAGCAGGCCACAGUGCCUCUGAACAAGCAGAGGACCUGCAGGACGAGAUGAUCCGCCGCCGGAAAGGGCUGGCGCUCUACACACAAGCAAUGUGUGGCACAAAGGUUCCGGAAGACAAAAACGACAAAAAGAUUUGCGAUGGAUCUGAGUUUUCCAAGUUUUUUCGGGGUCUUAAGAGGAACCCGUUCCGCGACUUACUCAUCAAAAACAAAGGGAAAAGUUUGGUGUGUAAGGCAGAACCACCAGAAGACGACUCGGGCACGAAUGGGUGGUCUUGCCAGGAGUCAGUGUUCACGGAGAGCGUCCUCGAAGAUGAACAACAAGUAAAGAAGGAACAAGUGAACUCGCUUUGGGACGCUGCGGAAACGAACUGCCAAUCAAGUGAUCAUUUCGACGACGCGUGCAAGCACAUUCUUGGCGAACAACAAACUUCCGCACAGCAAACGGGCGGCAUUUCCUCCGCGGCCAAGCCCAACCGGCAGGCUGAGCACUAUCACAAAUUUCCUGCAGACUAUCAGAAAUCGGCUCAGAAAAUGGCGGAAAAGAUUGAAAGUCAACUAUCACAGCCAGCAGCUGCUAUUGCUAUGGCGGAACACCAGAAAAAGCUGGCGCAAAAGGUGCGAAAUCAAGGACUACCACAGACAGCAACUGGAACUGCUGCUCCGAUUCUGAACCACCGCCGGGAAGGGUUGGCGAAGUAUACCCAAGCAGGGUGUGAACGUGACGAAAUAUUCGCGAAAGAGAAACGGGGCAUGCAAGUUUGCGCUAACGCUCACUUUGUUAAGUUUUUCCCGGGUCUGCAGAGGAGCGACUUCAGCGAGGUACUCUUCGAGGCGGCAGGAGGUUGGUUUGUGUGUGAACCUUCAGAAGACGAGGAACAUCAAUCCACUUGCCAGUCAGUCUUCACGGAGAGCGUCCUCAAGGAACAAUUGUCGGUGGAGCAGGUGUAUCCUGUGCAAAAAUAUCAUACUCGUAUCGGCUCUUGCAUGACAGAUCUACUUCUUUUUUACCUGAAUCUGCAUCAUAGAUUUCAAGUUUUCGCUUUGAAAAACAAAAACUUGCAAAGCAUUUGAUUCUUAACAGUCGUACUUUCCUAAUGCGAUAGCGAUACUUUUGCAAUGCAUAGAUUGAACGCACUUUAUGACGCUGUGGAAACGAACUGCCAAUUUCCCUCCAGUGAUUUCGAAAACGCGUGUGAGCACAUUCUUGGCGAACAACCUUCCGCAGAACAUUCAGUGUCACACAGCCCCGCUCGCCGCCUUCGAGAACAUUCUUCAGUGCCGCACACGGCUGGGACCUCGCCGCCACCUUCGACGAACACGGUGCCCGCCCCGUCGACGCCGGAACCGGAACUACAAUCGACGUGCGGCCAACCCAUAUGGGAUUACCAGUACCACAUUGCGCCAGAAGCCAUGCGACGGCUCCUUUAUGCUGGAAUGAAGGUACAAGACAUUCGCUCGACGUUAUUAAAUAAAAGGUGGAUGGCCGGAGUGUUUGCAGCGGUGCAUGGGGGACCAGAAGUGCACUGCGUGGACUUUCAACGAAAAAACGCCGGUGGGUGGCGGUGA